AUGCCAGAGCUUCCGGAGGUGGAGAGCGCGCGGAGGCUGCUGCACAGACUGGGCGUGGGGAGGACCAUUGUCAGAGCCGUCGUGGCCGAUGACGACAAGGUUGUCAAGGGCAUCCCUCCCAAGAAGCUGCAGGCUGCACUACAGGGUUCACAGAUCCUGUCCACAGAUCGGCGCGGCAAACACAUGUGGGCGGUGCUCGGCCCGAGCAAGCACUCCCUCAUGCUGCACUACGGCAUGACGGGCAUGCUUGCAGCCAAGGGUGAAGGUGCGGCAAACUACCGGGGGGAGAAUGUGGACGCCGCCUCCUGGCCCCCCAGGUUCUGGAAGAUCCACUUUCAGCUGGACGACGGCGCCGAGAUCGCGUUCUGUGACUCGAGACGCUUUGCCAGGGUGCAGUACGUGGCCGACCCGCUGGCCCUGCCCAGCAUUGCGGCCCUGGGCUGGGACCCACUCACCGGCAUGCCCGGCGUAGGGGAGCUGACGCAGGCCCUGGCCCGCCAGCGCCGCUCCAUGAAGGCCGUGCUCCUGGACCAGUCUUUCUUGGCUGGAGUCGGGAACUGGGUGGCCGACGAAGUGCUGUACCAGGCGCGCAUCCACCCGGAGCAGCGCGCCGACGCGUUGACCGAGGAGCAGGCGGCGCGUGUGCAUGGCGCGGUGCAGCACAUCUGCCGUACGGCCAGCGACCUCAACGCAGAGUCCGCCCGCCUCCCGGCCACCUGGCUCUUCCACGCACGGUGGAGCAAGGGAAGAAAAGAGCGGCCGGAGGUGGAGGGCGAGGCCAUAGAGCACAUCACGGUCGCGGGGCGGACCAGCGCCUUUGUUCCCAGACUGCAGGUGCUGCAGGACGGCGAUGCAGGAGUCGAGGAUGCCCUGCGGGAGCCGCCCAAGCAGGAGCCGCGCAAGCGGCCAGAGCCAGGGGUGAAAGAGACCAAGGUCAAGCGGCAGGCGGCGACGACCCCACCGCCGGCAGCAAGGAAGCGUCGUGGGGCGGGCUGA